UCAUUCACUUCAAUCAAAAUAUACGCAUGGUAACUGGUUGCCUGGAGAGAGAAAUCACUGAUACGCAGACAUUAAAGUUCAGGCCAUUAUUGACUUGCCACAAACAAAUGUGACUGAAAAAUUGCUCGAGAGAACUUAUUACAAAGUCUGUUCGGUAUUAUGCUUUCAGAACAGCUAUUUAUGGCAAUGAAGACGAAGCCAUUUUCAUAAAAUGAUAGAUGAAAAAAUAAAGGUGAGAACAACUGGAAAGGCUUGAAUUGUAGAACUUCUACAAUUGCGAGCAAGUGGCUUACCUCAUCUUGCAUGGUUUCUCGAUUAUGUUCUGCAGAUAUCACUGCAAAGAACCACAAACUUCAUACUUAGAAUUAUAAACGAUCCGAAACUUGGUGGUAUGGCAAGAAAACACGAAGAUCCUGUCAAUUGUCCCACCAUUGCAUUAGAAAGUUGCACUCCAACAGAGCUGGAACGAAAAAUAUCCAGUUCAUAUGAUAAAAUGUCAAUUGACAUUUAUGUUUGGGAAAUGUUGCAUCAGUAAGGUAUUGGUGCUGUUAGGUAACUACAUAGGAAGAACUCCUCAUUUCUGGAUAGCUAUCAAGAAUUUUUUUUCCAGAAAGUAAUAAUAGCACCAGAGGUGAUCAAGAUGGAGAAUUCCGCUGAAACAUCACCUAUAUUAAAUGAGUACAAGCAAGAAUUUUUUCUCAAAAGGCUCCCACAAACUAUUCUUGGUGGACCAAUCAUAAAGGUAGACACAGGAAGACAACCAUUGCCGUCAUAUGUUUAUUUGUACCAGUUUCUAAUAUUUGCAGCUCCACUUGUCAUUUCAUCAUGUCUAGCCAUUGUCACUGAACUUGGAUUGGUAGCAAGUUACUGGAUAUGUGUUGUUUUUGGUGUUAUCAUGGUCAUUUUUAUGCUUUCUUUGCAUUUGGGUCUCCGUCUCAAGUCAAAAACAUUAAAGCCUGUUGAAGAAUUCCAGUUUGACUGUGAAGAUGAUGAUAAUGAAAUUGAGUUUCAAGGAUGCACUGACAUAAACCAAUCACUGAAGUUUAUUAUUCACAAAAAGAAGUAUAUUUCCAAUGUUUUCUUUCAUGCCUUUCUCUAUGGAAUCAUUUGUGGAAUAAUCUUCUUGUAUUUGUUGCCAAGUAGCAGCAGAUAUGUUUUUGGAAGAAAUGAAGAAGCAGUGGUAUAUUAUGUUAUGGGUUGGAUCGUUGCCUGCAUAGGGUUGUAUAGCUUGAUAGCACGACCACCAGCUGAACCUUGUCAGUUUAAAGCCACUGAUCAAUAUGAAACUUCUUGUCUGACAAGACCAUUUCACAUGGCAUGUUUUGCUGUUUUUGGAAUUGUUUCCACAUUCUAUUACAAACUAGUGUACGUGGACCUCAUAAUGAGAAUAUUGUUUGCAUUGCUGCCAGUUUUAUGGACCCUUGGAAUCCUUCCUCCAGUUGAUUGCUUUUUUGCUUGGUUUGGAGAACAAGCUUUAGUCUAUUUAUUUGGAGGAUCGCCAAUGUCAAAUAGUGUAAGGUUGCUUACUAUGCUGGUCAUUUCAUGCAUUGCUUGGCUUAUCACUUAUGCAGUUCCAAAUACUACAGCAUCACUAGCUAUAGCUGCUUGCUCUGGCCUUAUCACAAGCUUGGACAUUGCUACUGGACUCAAGAAAGUUCUUGUAUUGCUUUUGAUGAAGUUUAGAAGACGCUCUGAAAGCCAAAAGAUAGCUAAUACAUCAUCAUACUCCCUGAGCAAAUGUUGUUAUAUUAUAUUGUUGAUCAUUGCGUCUGGUCUUAUUGCAUCUCUAACAAAUGCUGGGCUUGAAGUCAGUAAAAAAAUGGAACUUCGUGAUAUAUUUGGAUAUGUUACAAUAGCCCUCCUGGUUUUAGAAACUUGUUGUGGCAGUUUGCUGACAGUGUAUAUUUUCUUUGGCUUGGUCUCAAACCCAGUGUACUUUUCUAUAAAGAAAGGGAAAGCAAAAAGACUGCUGGUGCUGUGCAGAAAGCUUCUUGUGGACUGUGUUACACCUCUUGUCUUGGUUGCAUUUGUGAGUUUAACAGCUACAAAAACAAGCGGCAGUUCUACGCAAUCAGACGUGUUGUUUGCAUUGUUUGCAUUUAGAGCUUAUCAUCUCGCUUGGCGAGGUCAGCAGAGGCUAGCAAUGGAUGCCUCUGUUAUGAUGGUGAUCGAAUACAGCUCUUUGGGAGCGACUUGGUGGAAUGUUCUCACGUUGCACACACGGUUGUUUCUGAUUUCGAUCAUCUUAGGCCGGAUACAGCACGCCUGGUACCUUGUUUCUUUUUGUACACGCUUCACUUACAGGUUUUUCUUUAAUCGGAAGGUACGCCACCAGAGCUACAAGCGCGUAGCGUUAGUUUUGGUACUAAUGUUCCCGUUAACCCUUUGUUUCUUUUGCCUCAGUGUUAUUUUUUGUGUCCCAAUGUUACCAUUAUUUACGCUACCGAUAUUUCUAAUGGGGUACCCAAGGCCGCGUAUUUUCUUCCCAUAUGCUGACAAUAAACUUAAUUCAUCUUCGAAUGACUGGAUCUAUUACAAGCAGCUAAUGCCAAGUCUCCUCGACAGUCUUAAAUGUACAAUUUCUUCUGGAAGCCUUGGUGAACUAGCACCCGGCGAGCAUUUCCUAGCCCGCUUUCAAGACCGUCUCAUAUGGCUAGUAGUCGCCGAAAGAGGCUUUCUUUAUACGAAUUUCAUCGUUAAGGGACUUGAGCUCGCUGAGACAUCUUGUCAUACCGUUGAAGCUGCACGGAUUGAUGAUAUAUUCGAGGUCACUCUUGGAGAGAAACCACGUCCUGUUUUGAAUCCCUAUCCUGGGCACUGUUUGACGCCAUUCGACCACUUUGAGUUGGAAACUUACUCUGAUGCCAAGAAUGUUUUAACAGGCAUAAUUGACAGCCCUGAAAACCUACAGAAUCUCGGAGGGCAUUUCAUAAAAUCACUCACUUGGGUUUUUCUUCGGUUUUCUAAAAGCAGAAGAGAUCGUGGACUAGGUGAUGGGCCUACUGCAGACGACCUGAAAAAGAAAUUUUUGGAACGCGAAAAGAAUCGUCAUGUCAAAACUACGUCGUCACUUACAAACGAGACCAGAGAAACCAUUGUAGUAAGUAGAAAUGACAGCGUUGAGGGCAUUUUGCGCGAUCGAUCAUCCAGCUUGUAUUCAAAAAGUUCCUUGUCUGAGAACAGCAUGACUGCAUUAUGGAGCAAUCGCGAGCCUCUGAAAGGUAGCCAAGCUAAUACACAAUCCUCGAUACCAACCGAAGUAGGCCUGCCUUCUGUUAGUUUCCCGCCAUUUGGAAAGCAGCCUCAGACAGCUUCGGCAAAGCGCAGUAGCUUCAAAGGGCCUAAUUUUGUAUCAGACGAUGACUUUGAUGGCUUUGGAUUUGAUGAUUUUGACGAUAAUCUGCCUCGCCGCGGGUCCUCUCACAGCAUUGAUAAUGUAGACAAUGACGGUAAAAAUAACGUUAAUAACAUAUUCGAAACAGAAAGCACUCCUACAUCUGAUUUGAUCCCUCAAAGCAGAUUUACCAAGUCAAAUGCUCUACCAUCGUUGGUAGUAGAUGUCAGUUCCCCACAUUCUUCAAUUGUAGAACCUCCCGUAAGAUGGAAGCAGUCUAUACCGGUUGAAGCUACAGAUAUUUCCACAUCCCAAGAUCUGUUUUGCGAAGACUGGUUUAAGUUCGUUAUUUCGCAACUGGACCUUUCAUCAAAAGGAGAACGGGUUCUGCAAAGCAUAUCCGCAGAUCGUGGCCUCUUCUUCAUUUUCCGUAAACUGGUUCUUUCUUGCUACAUUUUAGUCAAUGAGCAGAAGCAUAAAAGUGCCCUUGAUGUUUGGAAAAUAUUUUCAGGCUCGUUACCAUGGUCAAGGUAUUUGUACUGGGCCGAACAGGAUACGGAGCUGCAUCAACAAAUCAUAAUAGCAUUUAGAUAUGCUUUCAAGUUGAUGUACGAUGAAGCUGUCCUUGGCCCCAUUGCUGACUUUGAAGAGUUCGCGGAAUACUUGACGGAUUAUGAAGAGAACUGGCACAUGGGAAAUGAUCACGACAUGCAGUGGAUAAAUGCCGUUCUAAAUAAUGUCCCAAGUCUGCUGUCCGUCGGAUAUGACAAAGAUAACGGAACUUUUACAAGUCGAGUAUUGACGAAGCAGAAGAUGACUGUGCCCGUUGGUCGCCUGGACUCCGAAAAUGUUAAGGCUAUAUGGUCUUCACUGUCCUUGGAAUUACUGUACUUCACCAAUGAUGAUGAGGAACGUUACAGCAUCCAGGCACAUCCAUCACAUUUCAGAAAUUUAGUCAUCCAGGCAGCUGACCCACCUUUUGGUUAUCCUGUCUUUUCAUCAGGAUUGACAAAUGUCGUUGCGUGGUAGUGUAGUGUAUUAUAAUGUUGGUAUAAUAACACUUCUAAUAAAUUCAGUAACCUUGUGGGACUGUUCCACUUUAUUGUGAAUGUUUAAAAGGUUUGUGCCACCUAUUCUCUCAUCUUUUUUUACUUAAAUUGUAAGUAGGAAUCAGGUUCAAAUUACUUUUACCAACAAUGGUCAAAAAAGAAAUUUUAUGAAAUUAGGUGAUGCAAUUUCUUAAAGUCCAUAUAUUAUUAAAGUAUGUCCGUUAUUACAGUUAGAAUUCAAAUGAUCUACUAACCUGAAAACAAUCCACCAAAAGCUAAUCGAAUUUCUAGGCCUACAUUCGUAUAUGUUUAUAAAGCUUGGCAUGUAGAAAAAGGUCGCGAGCAUCACGAUCCCGCUUCCUCGGCAGCGAUAACUGACAGGAUGCGGUGACUGACGAAGCGCCACAGAAAGUAAGACAGCGCAAGGUAGAAUAAUUUAGUAAAGAAGUAUGCUCGUUUUGUGCUCAUGGAGAUCAAGACGAAAAUGAAACAGUGGAAGAAAUAACUAUAACAAGUUUCAUAAGUUAAGGAUGAGAUCUGAGUAUACAACCUUGAUUCGAAGAUACAGCAAGUUUAAAAAAGUAACACUUUCUUCUCGAAUAAGAAGCAAUAAAAUAUUCUUUUCUAGAUAUAAAAUGUCAGGCUGUCUUAUAAACGGAUAAGAUAUAAACGACAGAUACAUGAGUGGCUUAAGUCACCUGUCAAUCAAUAUCAGCCAAUGAACAAGCGUGAGAAUAUAAUAACUCUCGCUGAUUGGCCAUUUGUUGAUUGACAGUAGGUUUUGGCCUCUUUGGUAUCUUUCGGUUGCCUUUAACUUUCGUUUGCAGGGCGUAAAGGGAGUCUCCGUGUUAGAGAGCGGGGUGUCUGGCAAAAUGGAAGACUGCGAAAUAUUGAUACUUGCAGCAAUGCUGCCAGGUCUGGAUCAUUCUUAAACGAUUGGCUUUCAGCAAUGUUUACUGUUCGUGAACCUGGACUUCCAAUGACAUAUGCCUCCUGGCUGUCCCUUCGGCCAAAAAGAAUUGAUUUGAUUUAUUCAAAAUAUUCAAAUCAUUGUACCUAACACUGCCAUUUAUACCAUAGGCGUAGCGGAGGCUAAACGUUUAGUAUGAAUCUUACCCGAAUAUUGUUGCUUAAUUGAGAAAAGAUUCCCCGUAUGGGCCUAAAAUGCGAUAAAAUUUGUCGGACCGGGGGAUAGGCUGCAGCUGCCCACCACCCCUCCCCCCCCCAGCCCGUAUGUCUCCGUCGCUUAUGAUUCAUACCAUUAAACAGCACCAUAAACAUUGUGCAGUCAACAAAAUCGAAAGCUUUUUCAAACUCCACAAUGCAUAUCUGAAUGUUUUAUUACUAAGAAAUUUACUCUUUUAUUUUUGGCAUUCAUGCUCCCCUCUUUAAGGAGCAAAACAAUUACCCUAUCAACCAUUCUUUGGAUACCCCCGAAAUCUAAAAUCUUGUUGAAGUGUUAGAUAAGAAGCAUAGUAACGGUCGUUUAAAUGUUUAAAAUAAUUUAACGAAUCAAGGCGCGGUGUUUUGCGAGAUUUGUGUUUUUCAGCCAUAUUUUUCGCUUCUAAAAAAUUGAUCAUGAAAGUUGCCAGCAUGAAAGUUGCCAGCAUGAAAGUUGCAACCUGUCCAGAACAUCGCCCUAUAAUUUCACAUUUUUUCGGUGAUCAUAGGGAGAAUAUUGAACAAUUUGUACCUGAAGAUGAUAAUAUACCAAUCAAAAUCACUUGCUUAGAGCGGUUGAGGAUAAUUGAGAUUAAGGAAUGUAAUGAGAAAAAUCAGCACAAACAGGAAAAACACAUCUGCAACAAAAAGCGAGCGAAAGUUUAGCAGUUUAAUAGCUGGGCUGUUGGUGUUUGGUCACACGACAAAGUGAUAGAAAUGUAAAACGGAUCCACAUUUUUGGUAUGUUUACCUUGCUGUUUUCUUUAUCUAAGAGCAUACUCAAAAUUAUUUUUCUUGCUAUAUAAUUUUUCUUCUAAAGAAGAUCUGAAUGACCAGCACCACUGCUUACUUAUUUUUUGGUGCUAUGUUUUUCCAACCAAAAAAGGAACAACUUGCUGUUCAUCUGAUUUCUGCUGCGGGAAAUUUUCAGGGCAUGCUUAACACAUGUACAUUCCCUGGCGUAGUUUUUAGGGAUUCUGUAAAUAAUUUUACUGAUUGUUUGUAACAGUUGUUUUUGCCAGUAUGUAACCAAUAUGUUUGUUGUAAUUAGUUUUUGACAUCUUCUGAUGUUGAAGACUGAAGCCAUGAUAAUUUGCAAGCGAA